GUUCCAUCCAUUCCACAUUCGUACGGUGUGUACCCAUUGUCGAAUCCUCUGAGAUUUCAUCGUUCGUUUCAGUUCAGUUUACAUUUGAUAUCAUCUCCCGCAAGGCUCUCUACGUGUACGGUGCACAAAUAUUCGUUCAUAUACACAGCGUCGCAGUGUUGUUUAAUAAAAAGAAUAUUUUUUUUGAUGUAAAUUCAAAUAUUAUUGAGAAAAAUCUGUUGUUUCUACGUUGCUUUUAAGGAAAGCUGGGAAAAUUAAUUGAAUUUAUUGUAGAAAAAUUAAAAAAAGAAAGGGAAAAACAAACAUAGACGAGUUUUCAACGGAGCAGUUGUGACAAAGUUGUGUUUAAAUAGAAUAUUUGUUCCGUGUUUUCAUUUGAAUUUGGUCGAUUUGUAAGAGAAAAACCAUAUAAAUUGUGUGUUGAGCGAAAAAUCCAUACACAUAACUCUGUGAAAAUACACAUAUUGAACGUGUAGUACACUCGGUUUAUGUUACCAGUUUUUUUGUUAUAAAAAAAAAAUCGUUCGACGCAUUUUUACAUAAUAUUUGGAUUUUACCAUAAAGAUACAUUUUGCAAGAUGAAUAUCCUGUUGAUAUCGAUUUUCGCUGUUGCAUCACUAUCCAUUUUCCCAACGAAAACAAUGGGCACAACAGACGUGCAGCCAGAAGAACCACAUGCCUUGCCACUAGCAUCGGCAGCUGGUGUGAUUGCAACACAAAGUAAUGCUGGCGAAAUAUGGCAAGAGGACGAUCGAGAGGUGUUGAUACGAAACGAACGCGGGACCAAAAAUAAUAGUAACGGAUCCGGUAAGAAGGAGAAAGUUAAAAAAGUUAAAAAUGCAAAUGAAAAUACAAGCGAAAACACAAAAGUUGCCGAAUCGAAGCCGACUUGCAGAUACCUAAAGUCUCCAUGGAGCGAAUGUGAUCAAAAGACUAACACCCGCUCGAGAACACUGAAUUUGAAAAAGGGCGAAGAAGGCUGUGUUCAAACAAGAACCAUUCAGAAGAAAUGUAAAAAAGCCUGCCGAUACGAAAAGGGCACAUGGAGCGAAUGUGCAAACGGACAAACCUCACGAUCAGACAAACUUAAAUCAACCAGUGAUCCUACGUGCCAGGCUACCCGAGAAGUCAACAAAAACUGUAAUCCAGCGAAAGGAAAGGGCGAGAAAAAGGAACGCAAAAACGGCAAAACAGACAAAGGUCAGCGAAAGAGCCGUGCAUAAGCUGUUCAUCGAGGAACGAAUAGUCAUGGUCAUGUGUCUACUCAUGUACUUUCCUCUCCCUCAACAUAAUGAUUUUAAAGCAUUUUCUUUGUAAUAGAAUGUAAGUUUCGUUUUUAAAAUUAUUUAUUAAAAUGAAAGAAAAUGAAGAAAUGAAAUUAAUUUGAAAAAAAUUCUUUACCAGUUUAAAAUAAAAAUUUAAGGAAAAAAUAUAUUAGUACGAGUUCGUGCAAACUUGAUGUAGUUUUUAUUUCUGUUUUCUAAUUGUUUCUUUCUCUGUUUUCCUUCAACAUUUAUUUCUGUCAACAUCACCCACAUAAACUAAAAGGAAAUCAAUAAAAAUGCCAUCUUAAAUCAAAAAUUGUUUACGAAAUUGGAGAGCAUUAAACAAACAAAAAAAAAUAAUUUUUAAGAAUUUUUAUUUUUAAAUUUUAAUCAUUUUUUUUAAACGUGUAGGUAUUAUAAUAAAAUGAAUAGUAAAUAUUUGGUGUUAGACUUAAUAGAUAUUAUGAUACCUUUAAAACCUUUAAAAAAUGUAAUGAAACUAUUUACUUACUCUCAUCAAGAAAAAAAUUCAAAAACGAAAAGGGUUACUUCUUCUUCCUUACAGCCAAUAUUUCCACAAAAAAAACAUUUUUUAUAAAAUUGUCAAUCAUUGUUUUGGGUUGUUUCCUUUAAAUGUAGCAAAAUAAUCACAACAUUAACAUUCAAAUCUACAACGAGUUUUUUCGACGGUAAAUGUUUUACAAAAAAGGGUGAAGAUGAAGAAUUAAUUCAAAAAAAAAAUGGAUAAACAGAAAUAUAGAAUGAAUGAAAUAGUAGCUUACGUUGUUAAAUUAGGCUCCAUAAUUACCUACAUAUAUUGAACAUAAAGUAGAGUUUGUUGGAAAAUGGUUUUCAGGAAUAUUUUAAUGUUUUUUAACAAUUUAAUGAUAAAAUGAAUAAAAAUUUAAACAAAACGCAAAAUUUUUUGUUGUCAAAAUUUUAAAAAUUAAAUUUAAAAAAAUUGAUUUGCAGUAGAAUUAUGCGGUUAAUUUUAAACUGAUAUUCAUACCAGUUUACUAGCGUCUUUGCACAAAAAAAAACACAAUAUUUCAACUUAUAUACAUUUAGUGAAUGAAAAUUUAAAAAAAUAAA